AUGUGUGAUAAGACGUUUGUACAGAAGAAUCACAUGGUAAACCAUCAGCAUAGCCACAAUGAGCAUAAACCGUACAAAUGUAGCAUGUGUGACAGAAGUUUUAGACAAAAAAGGACUAUGGUAAUUCAUCAGCGUAUCCACACUGGGCAGAGGCCUUACAAAUGCUCAAUAUGUGAAAAGGGUUUUAUACAGAAAAGUCAUUUGGUAAAUCAUCAGCGCACCCAUGCUACGCAGAAACCAUACAAGUGUUCCGUAUGUGACAAGAGUUUUAGAGACAAAAGUGGCGUGAUAAGUCAUGAAAGUAUCCACACUGGGCAGAAGCCCUUUAAAUGCGAAACCUGUGGCAAAGGAUUUACAAAGAAGGGUAACAUGCGGCAACAUCAGUAUGCCCAUACUGAGCAAAAUCAUGAGUGCACCGUAUGUCAUAAAACUUUUACUACAAAACGCAGUAUGAUAAGGCACCAGCUUAUCCAUAGUGGACAGACACUUUAUAAAUGUACUACAUGUGACAAAACUUUUAGAGAUAAGAGAACUAUGGCACGGCAUCAGAUUAUCCAUACUGAGCAGAAACCGGUAACACCAUAUGAACUACAGAAAGAUGAAAUUCUGGGUACCUUGCAGGUACUGAGAAAAGCACUCUUGGCAAAUGUCAAUGAUUGA